AUGGCAGUCACUCCAGAUCCCACCGUCUCCCUCCUCCGAGCAGACCUGACAUCCGAAUCCGUCGCUCUCGCCAAACGUUUCCGCGCCCUCUUCUCUCUCAAGCAUCUCGCAUCCCAAACCCCUCCAACAUCCCAAACAAUCCCAGCAAUCGAAGCCAUAGCCGCAGCCUUCGUAUCUCCCUCCGCACUCCUAAAACACGAACUGGCAUACUGUCUCGGACAAUCCGGAAAACCUGAGGCAAUUCCAUACCUCCGCGCCGUAAUUCAAAACCGCAAUGAAGAUGCCAUGUGCAGACAUGAAGCUGCAGAAGCUAUUGGCGCGUUGGGAGAUCAGACGAGUCUUGAGCUGUUGAAGGAGAGGAGGGAUGAUGAGACUGAGGAAAAAGUUGUGAGAGAGACGUGCGAGAUUGCGAUUGAGAGGAUUGAGUGGGAGUUCAGUGAGGCGAGAAAAGCCGAGAAAUUGAGGAGAAGUGAUUUUGCCAGUAUUGAUCCUGCGCCUCCGAGUGAGGAACAAGAAGGGAGUGCGGAUAUUGAGGGUUUACGGAAGACGCUCAUGGACUCUUCCCUGCCGCUUUUCAAACGCUAUAGAGCCAUGUUCGCUCUUCGCGAUUUGGCUUCUCCACCGGAUCUUCCGACUGCUGUUCCCGCGAUUCAUGCGUUGGCGACAGGGUUCAAGGACUCUUCUGCGCUUUUCAGGCAUGAGAUUGCGUUUGUAUUUGGGCAGCUCAGUCACCCGGCGAGUAUACCUGCUUUGACGGAGUGUUUGGGGGAUUUGAAGGAGGCGAGUAUGGUGAGACAUGAGGCUGCUGAGGCGCUGGGGAGUCUUGGGGAGGAAGAGGGAGUGGAGGAGACGUUGAAGCGGUUUCUGAAUGAUCCGGAACAGGUUGUUAGGGAUAGUAUUGUUGUUGCUUUGGAUAUGGCUGAGUAUGAGAAGAGUGGGCAGAUGGAUUAUGCAACUGUGCCGGAAGCGGUUGCUGCGUAG